AUGGUAUUUGCAGAAUUAAUCGCAUUUUCUAUCACUGUGUUAAAUAUUAUAUAUUUUUAUUUUAAGUAUAUAAUAUUUAAUUUUUGGCGCAAAAGAGGAGUUUUUUACGUCGAACCCAUUGUACCAAUAGGAAAUUUUACACCUAUUGUUACUGGAAGAAAGCAAUAUGGCGUCUUCUUCAAUGAUGCUUAUUCAAAAUAUAAGGAACAUCGCGCAUUUGGAAUGUAUGGAUUUUUUACACCGAUCUUAGUAAUCACCGAUCUCAAUCUUAUGCGAACGGUGUUGUUAAAGGAAUUCCACUCUUUUCAUGAUCGUGGACUGUAUUGUAACGAAGAGAUUGAUCCAUUGACUGGCCAUUUGUUCCUCAUAUCUGGAGAAAAUUGGAAAAAUAUGCGCAACAAAAUAAUAUCAAUAUUUACUUCAGCAAGAAUGAAGGAGAUGUUUCCUAUUCUGAAGGAAUGUGGCGAUGAACUCGCGAUGUAUCUGGAGAGUAAAGCUCAAAUACGAGAUUCUAUUGAAAUAAAAGACAUAUUUGCAAGGUAUACAACAGACGUAAUCAUGUCAACAGCUUUUGGUAUCAAAUCUAACUGUAUUCAAGAACCGAAUAAUGAAUAUCGAAAUCGGGGAAAAAAAAUUUUUGGUAUACAUUUUAUUAAGCUUGCGUUAAUGUAUUCGGCGCCAAAAAUAUUUGAUUUACUUCGCAUUCCACUCACGCCACGAUCUGUUACCAAUUUUUAUAGUAACAUGUUUCGUGAGACCGUCGAAUACAGGAAAUCUCAUCCGAACAUUAUCCGAAAGGACUUCGUAAAUUUAUUGAUGCAGCUCAUGGAGAAAGGCUGUGUAAAUUCUAAAGAUGACAAAGAGACCAUCGACAAAUCAUCAACCGUAAAUAAACUGACUAUGAUGGAAGCUACUGCGCAAAGUUUUGUCUUCUUCGCAGCUGGCUUCGAAACUUCCGCGUCGACAGCAACAUUCGCUUUAUACGAAUUAGCUCAACACCAUGAUAUACAAGACAAACUUCGUAAUGAAAUCGACGAAGUUUUAGAAGAGCAUGGUGAUCUAACCUACGGCGCUCUAGAAGACAUGACGUAUCUUCAAAAUGUAAUAGAUGAAACCUUAAGGAAAUAUCCACCUGUUCCUGUCCUAAAUCGAAUAUGCACCGAGGAAAUAGACUUACCAACUACGAACAUUCGCGUACCAAAAGGGACAUUAAUUAUUAUACCGGUACUUGGAGUGCAUCGAGAUCCGUCGAUAUAUCCGGACCCCGAUAAUUUCGACCCCGAGCGCUUCAAUAAAGAUAAAAGAAAGGAAAGGCAUCGCUACGCCCAUAUGCCAUUCGGGCAAGGUCCACGAAAUUGCAUUGGUCUGCGAUUUGGCUACUUGCAAACGAAAAUUGCACUCGUGAGUCUUCUAUCAAAGUACAAAUUUCAACUUCAUUUGCGAACCCCAGUCCCGCUUAGUUUUAAUGAAAGAUGUUUAAUUCUCGAAGCGAAAAGUGGUGUACAUCUUAUUAUCGAGCCAAGAUAAAGUUAAUGUUCUUAAAUUUUUGCUUGUACGAACUAGAUCUCUUGACUUAUCCCAUGAACACAAGACAUAUACGUUGCAUAUAUCAAAAUAAUUUGCAGCGUGAGCGUUGAAGUUGUUUAUACAUGUCAUUUCUGUAUACAUAUAUCACA